AUGCCCUUUAAUCUACUGAUGGUGACUCGCAGUCGGGACACGUAUCAGGAUCUGGUUCGUCUGCUGGAGCAACACCGAGCCGACCGGGCCGUGCAGCUCUCCAUCCUCAGGAUCCUCAACAAGUUCCUGGACAGCUACCAGGAGGACGUGCUGCCGUGGCACGAGAGCAUCGAGCCCUGCCUGUCCUCCAUGAUGGCCUUCAUCAGCGACAGAGAGGUGGUGCAGCAGUUUAUCCGCUUCCUGUACCAGCUGGCGUCCCUGAACAAGGACUACGCGGUGGUGAUGUGUCGCCUGGGCACCAAAGAGUCUCUGGCGAAGGCGCUGGACAAACACAGCACCAACCUGCUGCUGGUCACCGAGCUGCGAGACCUCAUCACCGACUGCGAAAAGUAUGCCAGCCUCUACAAGAAGAUGACCACCAGCGUCCUCGCAGGAUGCAUCCAGAUGGUGUUGGGUCAGAUUGAGGAGCAUCGCCGCAGCCAUCAACCGAUCAACAUCCCCUUCUUCGACGUGUUCCUCAGGAAUCUCUGCCAAGGCUCCAGCGUGGAGCUGAAGGAGGACAAGUGCUGGGAGAAGGUGGAGGUGUCGUCCAAUCACCAUCGAGCUAACAAGCUGACCGACAAGAACCCCAAAACCUACUGGGAGUCCAAUGGCUGCACCGGAUCUCACUUCAUCAACAUCUACAUGCACAAAGGAGUCGUCGUCAGACAACUGGCCAUCCAGGUGGCCAGCGAGGACUCCAGCUACAUGCCGGCCCGGGUUCUGAUUCUGGGAGGAGGACCGACCAACAUCAACACGGAGCUGAACACGGUGAUGAACGUAACUCCAAUCGCCAGUCGCGUGCUUCUCCUGGAGAACAUGACCCGGUUCUGGUCCAUCAUCCAGAUCAGGGUGAAGAGGUGGUCAGCAGGGAGUAGCGACACUCGGGUCCACGGUUUCGAGGUUCUGGGUCCGAAGCCGACAUUCUGGCCGGUCUGUAAGGAGCAGCUGUGCUGUCGGACCUUCCUGUUCUACAGCACCAAGGCCCACACCUGGUGUCAGGAAGUGAUGGAGGACAAGACGCAGCUUCUGCAGCUCUUUAACAAACUGAACAGCGCUCUGAGACACGAGCAGAUGUUUGCAGAUCGUUUCCUGCCGGACGCCGAGGCAUCUGAAGCUCUGGGUCGAACCUGCUGGGAGGCUCUGAUCACCCCCAUCGUCCACAGCAUCACACUGUCAGAAUCCUCGGCGGCCAGCCCUCUGUCCUGGCUGCUCAGUGAGUACCUGGAUAACGCAGAGUCGGCGCGCCGCUGUAAGAGCCGGGCGGCCAUCUUUAACUCCAGAGUGAGGCGCCUCACACACCUGCUGGUCCACGUGGACACGAGCCGGCCCGACAGCGAUGAGCUCAAACCUCCCAUCAAAUCAAGUGAGUUUACGGUCCUGAACCGAAGCAAAGAGCUGAAGAACGGAAAAGAGGGUAAAAACAAAGAGACCGCAGCGGCCUCUUCCUCCUCCUCCUCUUCCUCAGCCAAGCCCAAAGUGAAGAGCAGCAGCAGCAUCGCAGGCAUCGCCCUCUGCUGGCAGGGAGUGGUGCAGCGCCAGGUGCAGAAGUUUCUGGAGUCGAGCUGCAGCCUGCCGGAUUUCGUGGAGCGUUACCGGACUCUGUACCUGCGUCUGAAGAACGCCAUGGAGGAGCUGUUCGGACAGCAGACCGCCUUCGUGCUCGCCCUCCGACACGGCUUCUCGCCGCCCCUGCUGCACCUCUCCAUCCUCAGGGCCAUGCACGUGAGCGAGCGCUUUGCUCAGUACAUGGACCAGAUGAUCGCGGCGUGCGGCGCGGUGUGCGGCAGCGCGGAGACUUUGGAGCGGCUGCAGCAGUUCCUGGAGCCGAUGCUCUUCCUCUCGGGCCUGGAGCUCGCCAACACCUUCGAGCACUUCUACAGGUACUACCUGGGCGACCGGCUGCUGGCUCAGGGGAACGUGUGGCUGGAGAGCGCUGUCAUCGAGCAGGUCGGCAGCUGCUUCCCGAGCCGCUUCCCUCAGCAGAUGCUGAAGAACCUGAGCGAGUCAGCCGAGCUGCAGCAGGAGUUUCACCUGUACCGCCUGCAGCAGCUGGACCGCUGCCUGCAGGAGCACAACCAGAUGAUGGAGGAGGAGUGGGCGGAAUCAGAGGAGGAGGCGGAGGUCCAGGUUCUGGUUCUGUCUCCACGCUGCUGGGCCGUGUCCUCGCUCUGCUUCCUGGACGAACCCGCCAAACGCUUUCCAGCGGAACUCUGCUCCUACCUGAACCAGUUCACCCAGUUCUACACGCACAGUCAGUCCAUGUACGGGCUGAGCCACUCGAAGCCGCGCCGGCUGCAGUGGACGUGGCUCGGUCACGCUGAGCUGCAGUUCGGCUGCUGGACGCUGCACGUCUCCACGCUGCAGAUGUUCAUCCUGCUGCAGCUCAACAGCCACGAGGAGGUUCAUGUGGACGCUCUGCUGCAGGCGACCGGCUUGUCCGCCGCCGUCCUGCUGCACGCUCUGCUGCCGCUCAUCAGCGAGGGAGGACCGCUGACCUGCAGCCGGCCGGAGGAGCCGGGCCUUGGCGUGCUGCAGGUGAACCCCCAGGUGGCUUCCAGCUCUCUGGACGGCGUGCCGGCCUGCGUGCAGCUGCUGCCCAGACAGACUUACCUGAACGUGGACGAGGACGCGGCGGGAACACUUGAGAGGAAGAGGAACUACAUCUACUGUCUGAUCGUACACAUCAUGAAGCAGGAGAAGGAGAUGCACAUCGACAACCUCGUCUUCAAGGUUCUGGACUCGUGUCAGAAACAGGAAGCGUCUCGCUCUCCGGGCGCCGGUCGCUUCAGCUGCAGCAGCAGCGACGUGCUGUCCUGCAUCAUGCACGUCAUCAGCAAAGGCUGCGUGCGGCGCAACGAGGAGAACCCGCACAUCGUGGAGUUCCUGCCCGAGGACCCGUCCACGCCGCAGAAGGGCCAGGCGCAGUUCUCCUUCAGCUGCGCCGACGACAGGAAGGACAACGCCGCCAGCCAGGCCGACAUCAGUCUGAUGUCGGCGCCGCGGCGCUUCGAGGACGGCGUUCUGGACGCGAUCCUGUUCUCGAUGGGACGCACGAUGACGCAGGAGGAAGUGCGUCAGCUGAUGCAGAGGACUGUCCAACAGGUGUCGGGGACUCUGAGUCUGGACCUGGACCGGGCCGAACACCUCCUGGUUCACUGUAAGUGGAAUGUGGACCUGUUGGUGCAGCGCUACACCGACGACCCAGAUGCCCUCAUCAUGGCCGCCGGGCUCAAGAGCCGGAACCCUCAGCCGCCGCCUAGUCCCACUUCCACCUGUCCCGUGUGCCUGGGCCCCCGCGGCCCCCCCACGGAGCCGGCGCCCUCGCUGAGCUGCCUGCACUACUGCUGCAGGUCGUGCUGGCAGGAGUACCUGACGGCGAGGAUCGAGCAGAACCUGGUGAUGAGCUGUAACUGUCCAAUCACAGACUGCCAGGCUCAGCCCACAUCGCUCUUCUUCCUCAGCAUCCUCACCGACAAGGACACCAUCGCCAAGUAUGAAGGUGCCCUGCUCAGAGGCUACGUGGAGAGCUGCUCCAACCUCACCUGGUGCACCAACCCUCAGGGCUGCGACCAGAUCCUCUGCAAGGAGAACAUGGGCAGCAUGGGGACCUGCUGCAAGUGCUGCUGGGCCUCCUGCUUCAGCUGCAACUUCCCCCAGGCUCACUACCCGGCCAGCUGCAGCCACAUGUCCCAGUGGAUGGAUGAUGGAGGAUAUUAUGAAGGGAUGAACAUGGAGGCUCAGAGCAAACACCUUGCCAAGCUCAUCUCCAAACGCUGCCCGAGCUGCCAGGCUCAGAUCGAGAAGAACGAGGGCUGUCUGCAUAUGACCUGUGCCAAGUGUAACCACGGCUUCUGCUGGCGCUGUCUGAAACCCUGGAAACCGACACACAAAGAUUACUACAACUGCUCCGCCAUGGUGAGUAAAGCAGCGCGGCAGGAGAAGAAGUUCCAGGAUUAUAAUGACAGAUGCACCUUCCACCACCAGGCCAAGGAUUUUGCCAUCAACCUGGAGAACAAAGUGUCGUCCAUCAAUGAAGCUCUGCAGAUGAAGUCUCUGACCUUCGUCAUCGACGCCUGUAAAGUCCUCGCUCAAGCUCGAAAGGUGCUGGCCUACUCCUGCGUGUACAGCUACUACAACCAGGAGACGGAGAAGAUGGACGUGAUGGAGCAGCAGACGGAGGCUCUGGACCUGCACACCAACGCCCUGCAGAUCCUGCUGGAGGAGACUCUGCUGCAGUGCACCGACCUGGCCUCCUGUGUCCGGCUGCUGAAACCACAACACCUGAACACCGGGCUGGAGCUGAUCCGCCGCAUCCAGGAGCGCCUGCUGGCCAUCCUGCAGCACUCCACUCAGGACUUCAGGGUGGGUUAUCAGUCCAGGAGCAGCGAGGAGGCCGAGAGCGCUCCGGCCUCCUCGCUGUCCAACAACACCGACGCCAACAAGAAGUCGAAGGCCGGAGACUCCGACAACAACAACUGCGGGGGGGAAGAGGGCAUCGAGGAGGCGGAGGACGAUGACGACGAAUACGACGAGGAGUACGUCCCCGAGUGGCACGAGGACUUCGACGAGGACGACAUCGAUGAGGACGACGACUUCUUCUCAGACGAUGACGAGUCCGAGAACCUGGAGCGGGACUUCAGCCCCUUCGACUGAGCCCACGGGGGGACGCUCUCGCAGUCGGGAGAGAGGGGACGAGGCGUGCCCCGCCACAGCCCCUCACCUGGAAGGGGCGGGGACAAUCAGAAGGAUGCCCCCAACCCCCCCGAACACAGCUGCACUCGCUUUUCCACUUCCUGUUUCUCACAUUCUGUGUUCUCUUCAAAUCAAAGUGCGGAGGGAGACGAGCGUUGUGUGACGAAGAAACUGUUUAAUAUUCAAAUUCUGAGUCUUAAAGUAUGAGAAUCAAUUCUGACAUGAAAGUCAAAUUAUCACUUCUGUUUAUCAGUCUGAUGCCACUGAAACCAGUCUGAAAUCUAGUUUGAAUCCAGUUUAAAACUAGUUUCAAUCCAGUUUAAAACCAGUUUGAAUCCAGUUUAAAACCAGUUUGAAUCCAGUUUGAAUCCAGUUUAAAACCAGUUUGAAUCCAGUUUAAAACCAGUUUGAAUCCAGUUUGAAUCCAGUUUAAAACCAGUUUGAAUCCAGUUUAAAACCAGUUUGAAUCCAGUUUAAAACCAGUUUGAAUCCAGUUUAAAACCAGUUUGAAUCCAGUUUGAAUCCAGUUUGAAUCCAGUUUAAAACCAGUUUGAAUCCAGUUUAAAACCAGUUUGAAUCCAGUUUAAAACCAGUUUGAAUCCAGUUUAAAACCAGUUUGAAUCCAGUUUAAAACCAGUUUGAAACAAUAUGUAUUUGAUUUUUUAUGACUUUCAUCUCAGAAUUCUUCCUUUAGUAAAAACUCUGCUAAACGUUUUAAAAUGGAGAGUUCCUCUGAGUUCUGACGCUGAUCUCCGCAGCAGCGACGUGUUUCCUGCGUGAUCCCUGAUAUCCAGGGAUAUAAAGUCGUUGUGAACUCCGUUCGAUAUCUUUGUUUCAUCUCACGUUCUGCCUUGAUUUAUUUUUAUGAUAGAGGUUGCCUUCAUUUGAGAGUAAAGAAAAAUAUGAAAGAUGCGACUUCAGAUUUAGAUUUGCUCACAAGUUUUUUAACAUGUUUGUAAAGACGUCGGAAGUUUCACUGCAAUAACUGGCCGCUGAUUCCGGCUCACUGUCUCCUCAUUUGCUGAGCAAAGACUUUGUCCCCGGCUCCGUUUGUCCCGUCUGCACAAGGGCGCUGUCAGGAGGAGAAGUUUGUUCUGCAGGACGCAGGGACAUCUGAUGCUCCAGCUCCAUGUUCUGCUGUAAUUUUGAGAGAUCCUAUAUUCAUAUUGUUGAUGUUCUAUAAUUCUAGUUUCUCGAUCGGAGUUGAGUGACUUCAGCCAGCGAACUAAAUAAAAGCUUUUUCUGCGACGCUG